GAGCCACUUGGAACCAUGAGAGUGACACUGUUGGCUGUGGUUUACAUCCCACUCAUCCUGGCCAUGGAAAGAGUCCCCCUGAUUCGAUUCAAAUCUAUCAAGAAACAGCUGAAAGAAAAGGGAGAAUUAGAGGACUUUUGGAGGAAUCACCACCCUGAUGUCUUUGCCCAGAGAUAUCUGCAUUGCUUCCCUGCAGAUAUUGCUUUAUCGGUAGGAACUGCUUCAGAAAGGCUGUAUGAUUACAUGAAUGCGCAGUACUAUGGAGUGGUGAAUGUCGGCACGCCCCCACAGAGGUUCACCGUCGUGUUUGACACCGGCUCCUCCAAUUUUUGGGUCCCUUCCGCUUAUUGCAUCAGCGAGGCGUGCAGGGUGCACCAGAAAUUUAAGUCCUUCAAGUCGGAUUCAUACGAGCAUGGAGGGGAAGCUUUCUCCUUGCAGUACGGCUCGGGACAGCUUCUGGGCAUUGCUGGCAAAGACACGCUGCAGAUAAGUAACAUCUCCGUCAAGGGACAGGACUUUGGCGAGUCAGUGUUUGAGCCAGGAACAACUUUUGUCCUUGCCCACUUUGAUGGCGUGCUGGGCUUAGGCUACCCCUCCUUAGCAGUGGGCAAUGCUCUGCCUGUGUUUGACAGCAUCAUGAACCAGCGCUUGGUAGAGGAGCCGGUCUUCUCCUUCUAUCUGAAAAGAGGAGAUGACACUGAGAAUGGUGGUGAGUUGAUUCUGGGGGGGAUAGACCAUUCUCUCUACAAAGGUUCAAUCCACUGGGUCCCAGUCACCGAGAAAAGCUACUGGCAAAUACAUGUGAACAAUAUAAAGAUCCAGGGCCGGGUGGCAUUUUGCUCCCAUGGCUGCGAAGCCAUCGUUGACUCAGGCACUUCUCUUAUCACUGGACCCUCUUCACAAAUCAGGCGAUUACAGGAGUAUAUCGGGGCAAGUCCAUCAAAUACUGGAGAGUUUCUUGUAGACUGCAGAAGAUUGUCAAGCCUGCCUCACAUAAGCUUCACAAUCGGACACCACGAGUACAAGCUGACAGCAGAGCAAUACAUCCUCAAGGAGUCUAUUGACGACCAAACCUUCUGCAUGAGCGGCUUUCAGUCCCUUGACAUCCCCACUCGCACUGGCCCACUCUGGAUUUUAGGAGAUGUCUUCAUGUCUGCAUUUUACUGCAUUUUUGACCGUGGGAAUGACAGAGUGGGAUUUGCAAAAGCUGUUCACAGGAAUGAUUACUACUGAGUCAUAAUAGCAUCUAUUCUGUCUUAACUCAAAUGUUAAUGUAAUGAUCUUCA